CCCAGAGUCAAUGCCCUUGUUUGCUAUUGACUUCCGGCUUGUCACUCCUGCAUGCCACCGUGUGACAGCCUGCCAUCCGUGCGGCUGUAUGGGGCGGAAGCAAGGCAACAUGGCACGGACCAGGGGUUGGGAUUUCGGAGCUCCUGGGUUCCAAUCCUUGCUCUUCUGCAGACUCUGACCGAUUGUGCCAGGCAUGGUACAGACUUGUUGGCUGAACAGUCUCCCACCCAGCACCUCCUGUAGCUGCUGGCACCGGUGUGAAGUGCUGCACUGGUGUGAAAGGCCACAAGGUGAGUGCUGCGGGGGAGGACAGCGAGACCUCGCUGCCCAGCCCGGCCCCCCUUGCCGGGACAAUGCCGAUCCUGAAGCAGCUCGUCUCCAACUCGGCCCACUCCAAGCGGCGCUCACGGGCGGAUCUGACGGCUGAGAUGAUCAGCGCCCCGCUGGGCGACUUCCGCCACACCAUGCACGUGGGCAGAGCCGGGGACGCCUUCGGGGACACCUCCUUCCUCAACAGCAAGGCCGGCGAGCCGGAGUCCCCCGAGGAGCUGGGCUCCUCCAAGCCCGGCCUGCUGUCCCGCAAGUUCCGCAGCAGCAAGCGGUCGCAGUCGGUGACGCGCGGCGACCGGCGGGACAUGCUGGGCUCCCUGCGGGACUCGGCCAUCUUCGUGAAGAACGCUGUCUCCCUGCCUCAGCUCACCGAGAAGGAGGCCGACAAAAGCGCCGGGAAGCUGCCCAAGAGCCUUUCCUCGAGCCCUGUCAAGAAGGCCCCGGAGGAGGCGGCCGCCCCGGAGGAGAAGCCGCGCCCCAACGGUGCAGCCACCCGCCCUCAGAGCCCCGGCCUGGAUGAGCGCGAUUUUGGGGACCUGGCGGACUUGCCCGUCGUGGUGCCGAAGAGCAGCUAUGGCAUGAAGCAUGCCGAGUCCAUCAUGUCCUUCCACAUCGACCUGGGGCCCUCAAUGCUGGGGGACGUCCUGAGCAUCAUGGACAAAGACCAGUGGGACCAGGACGAAGACUUUGGCGCCAUGGUACCUGAGGAGCCCCAACGGGAUGGAGGCCCUACCAGGAUACCUGCAGCCCACCGGCUCAGCCAGGAAAGGAAGCCCCUGCCAGAUUCCCUGCUGAUGGCGCCAGCCUGCCAGGAUGAGAGCAGGGCCGUGGCCUACAGCCUGGACUCUGCCCGGAGCCAGGGCAGCAGGGACAGCAGUUCGGUUUCUAGCUGCACAGCACAGGGGCAGGAGGAGCACCGCCCAUCUCCCGAAAGGCAGAGCUACGGGAUCCCAGAUGGCGCCCGGCACGGCCCCCCCAAACAGCAUAACAGAGAGUUCUCCUUCGCGGAUGAGGAGGACGACGAAAUCAGAGUGUAGGCAGGUGGCUGAUCCGACGGGUCUGGUGUUAACUUGCGGUAGCUUGGGCACAAGAAGGGAUAACCUGAAACUGACAAUGUCAGAAGAAAUGGCUCCGGGAGACACUUGACUCUUAAAUCCUUUCCCUUUUCCCUCCGGGCUGUGGCCAGAUUCCCCUCAGCUCCUCUUUGACGUCUCUCCAGGGACUGGGUGAAUCCGUGAAACGGGAAGAUAGAUGUUGUGGGGUUAGUUUUUGCUAUUUUGAGGUCGCUGUGGGAGAGGAAGAAACUUGGGUUUAAAGUCAUAGUAUUACGUCGAAGAACCUCUUCCUGUAAGGCUGUCGAUCUCUGCGAGCCGGGGAAGAACAGCAGUCGGGAGAGGGGAAGAGCCCGCUAGCCAGUCUGGAGACUAUUCCUUUCCCAGAAGAAAACUCCAGUGUGUACUGCAAGGGGGAAACAUUCUUUCAUUUCUAUUGGACUUUGGAUAUUAACUUGAUCUACUGCCCACAUCAAGCAAUACAGAGUCCAGUUACAAGGACAAGGCUUACAGCCCCAGUGCCCUUAGUAAUAUAUAUUUUCCCCCUUGUGUUUUCAUUGGUUUCUGAUUUGUACUUGUAACUCUUUUUAACUGCGGAUGAGGGGAAAUUCCAGUCUGAAAGUACUUGGUUCAAGAGUUUAGACUUCUGCAUAUUGUAGAGUGAAAUGGCAUUGGAAACCCAGCGGUUUCUGAGCCUGCAAUUGAUGGUACUUCUCUUUGGGCAGAGCGCUGGGAGGCCUGCAGCUCCAGGGGCAGGGGAAGGGAUUUUUUUACUCUUGUAUCUUUUUUUUUUUUUUUUCUUUUUUUAAGUGUCCAAUGUUGCGGCACCUUCAGGGACAUGGGCUCCCUGCAGCCUGCCACAGCUGCUCCCACAGAUUGGACCCAGACCUCCUCUCUGGUGGGUUCCUCUUGAGAAACCCUCUCCUGCCCCUGCAGCAGCAUCAUGUCUGUGGCACUGCGAUGCCAGCCAUGCCCCCUGCUCCCCUGGCCACGGUAUGACGCAGAGGUGUAACGGAGGCUGGCACGCUGCUAGCGGGACCCAAUGACUAUGGUGCUGUUACCCGGUGUGUGUGGAGGGUUACGGUGGAAGGAGCUGGAGGUGCCUCCUGGGGAAUCCUCUUAGCCCCUGCUAUCCGGAUGAACAGGGCUGGGGCAGAGAUGUUGGCUGGCCCCUGGCCUGCCCUCAACCCCAACCCCUCAGUGCCCUUCCUCCGCCGCAUGAGCGGAUGGGAUGCCCGGAGGCAGCUGCAGCCCAGUGUUGGUGGCAGGAAUGGAACAGACGGGCAGGGGGAAAGCUUAGGGGGAUAAUGUCUGGCCCCUCGCCAGUCUGCACACGUGGGCACAAUGGGUUUGGAGCACUGGCACAGCGUCCUGAAGCCCAGCGGUCUGGAAUGGGCAGCGUGUGCAGGAGACGCAGACUCGCUCUCCUCUGCCCAGUCUCCUCCCCAGGGAGAUGGCCCCUGGGCAGACGCUCCUGUGCCCAAGAGCUGCCAGGUGCAGCCUGACUAGGGGUGGGGAACCAUCCUAUCUAGGACGCGGGGCUGUCAGCACCACGCUGAAGAGAUGUGUCCUCACCCCCUGGGCCCUGCCCUGCCUUCCACACAUCGCACGCUCGCGGGUAGCAAUAAAACACUAACUUGGACCUUUUCUAACUUAUUUUCUUUUUAAAUGUUGUUUUGCGCUAGAUUUCUCCCCCCCCCCCCGGGGUUGAAAGCAGCGGCAGGGCGCCCUGGGGCGUGGCGUGGCCUUGCCUUGUGACCGGGGCUCUGUCCCAUGUGCUCGGAGCUGUAUGGUGCAGGUGAAUGGAGGAGGGGUUUUUUUUAUGAUGAUGUAUGUAAAAUGCAGAACAGAAUUAAAUGGUAGUGAAAGCA